AUGGCUGCGAACCUGGACUCCUCGAUGAAGUUAAACACAAUUGAACGACAAGAACAGCAUUUAGCUUCACUGGUUCAAAGAUGUCCAAACACUAGACUUUUAAACCAAAUACAUUCGCACCUCCUAAAAUGCAACUUACCCGUUCCUUCCAAAUUCUUCGUACUAAACAAACUCCUUGUUUCUGCACUAUCACCUCUUAUCAGCGAUAUCGAUUACGCUCGAAGAAUUUUCUCACAAAUGCCAAACCCCAACAUCUUUACAUGGAAUACAAUGAUCAGGGGGUGUUCACAAAUGCAAAAUCCAACUACAGAACCGAUUGUUAUGUUUCAGAAACUGAUACAAAGAGGUUAUCCGAAUCCGAAUAGUUUUACUUACGCAUUUGUUAUCAAAUCAUGUGCUGUGAUUUCUGGGUAUAUGGAAGGUAGGCAGAUUCAUUCACAUGUUUUGAAAUCUGGGUUUCAUUCUAGUCCAUUUGUUCAGACUGCGUUGGUGAAUUUAUAUGCGAAAUGUGAAGAGAUUGGUUUAGCAAGGAAGAUGUUUGACGAAAUUCCUGACAAGAAUUUGGUUACAUGGAGUACUAUAAUUAGUGGGUAUGCAAGAAUUGGAUUGGUGAAUGAAGCAUUGAGUCUGUUUAGAGAAAUGCAGUUCUCAGGGGUUAAUCCGGAUGAGGUUACGAUGGUUAGUGUGAUUACAGCUUGUGCGAGUUCAGGUGCUUUGGAUUUGGGUGAAUGGGUUCACAAGUUCAUUGAAAAACAUGUGAUUAAAGCUGAUCUUGAACUUAAUACCGCACUUGUUCAUAUGUAUGCAAAGUGUGGGUGUAUUGAGCGAGCGAGAAAAGUAUUUGAAGAGAUGCCAGAAAAAGAUACUAAAGCGUGGAGUUCGAUGAUGGUCGCGUUCGCUAUUCAUGGACUUGCAGAGGAAGCAUUGCAGGUGUUUACAAGAAUGUUGGAAGCUAAGGUGAAACCUAACCAUGUAACUUUUAUCGGUGUUUUAUCCGCUUGUGCCCAUAGCGGACUAGUAUCAGAAGGCCAAAGGUACUGGUCAAGCAUGCUCGAAUAUGGGAUUGAGCCGACAAUGGAGCAUUAUGGUUGCAUGGUUGAUCUACUUUGCCGAGCUGGACUUGUAAAAGAGGCAUAUAAGUUUGUUGAAGACAUGCCAGUCAAACAAAAUUCAAUCAUCUGGAGAACACUGUUGGUUGGUUGUACGAGAAAAGGCAUUUUGGAUGAAGGUGAUAUCGUGGCCGGGCGACUUCUAGAAUUAGAGCCACUGAAUCCUGAAAACUACGUGCUCCUCUCGAACUUGUAUGCGGCUACUUCUCAAUGGGGGAAAGUGAGUCUUGUCAGGAAAAAGAUGAAGGAGAAUGGGAUCCGAGCUACUCCCGGUUGUAGUUCAAUAGAAAUUGAUGGAUUUGUUCAUGAAUUUGUGGUGUCAGACACAUCACAUCCAGAGGGAAAUGAGAUAAGGGAAGUAUUGAGAGAUAUGGCUGAUCGGGUUCGUUCUGUUGGGCAUGAUCCAUGGACAUCUGCGGUUUUACAUAAUGUGGACGAUGAGGAGAAAGAAAGUUCUCUUUGUGAGCAUAGUGAGAGAUUAGCCAUUGCAUAUGGGCUAUUGAAAACAAAAUCUCCUACUGUCAUUAGAGUUGUUAAAAAUUUAAGGGUCUGUGCAGACUGCCACGAAGUUACAAAGAUCAUCAGCAAAGUCUACAGGAGGGAGAUCAUCGUUAGAGAUAGAGUAAGAUACCAUAGAUUCUUAGACGGGGCCUGUUCUUGCAAAGAUUAUUGGUAAUGUGUUGCAAAGAUUACUACUGGAUGACUUGGUGAAAGUAGUGGCAGUAGCAGCUGGAGUAUGGUACUUUCAAAGGCGAUGAACAAGAGCCGCCGCACCUUCCAUUACAGUCGCUCUCCUUUUCUCCUUGAAGUUCCAGAGUUCUUGAACUGGAUUUCUACCGCUUGAGUUGUACUCGUUCAUCUCCACAAGUGCAUUAACAACUGCGGUGUAUGCUCUCUUACCCCAUUCAUUCUUUAAGCCUUUCAAUAAUUUAUCUUCCUCAUCGAUCAAUUCCUGCAGACAAAAGGAGCUAUAGCUGCCAAAUACUAGCAUGAAGUCUACGCUGGUGUUAGUGGGAAGAGAGAGUGAAUGAUAUUUCACUUGAUGUUUGUCAUCCACCAAGGUGACCUGCUUAAAAGGAUGCCAAGCUUGGUUUUUGAGCGUUUGCUCCCAAAAGUUUCAAAGCAGGACAGUCUGAUCUGCCGAAGUUGAGCUGCAUUUGCGUUUCAAUGCUUUACCAAACGGCUUCGAGUCUAAUUCCCCCAUUCUCUUCACCCGAAUUGAACUCCGAGAAUUUGCACUCUCUCCAAUUCCCUGCAAUACAGUUGAAAAGCAGACAGUUAAAUGGAAAGCCUGGCAGAAAUGAGUAGCAUGGGACAAAUUUAUUAGUAACUUACUUGGAUUAGUACUUUACGAGUUUUUUGUAACUCAUCAUUGUGGCGAUGUUCAUUGACAGUUAAGAUUUUAUUAAGAUCUUCCAAACUCUCAUUAUAUUCUGUU